UUGAAAGGUCCCAAGUUCAAGAUGCCUGAGAUGAACAUCAAGGCCCCCAAGAUCUCAAUGCCAGAUUUGGACCUUAAUCUUAAAGGCCCUAAAGUGAAAGGGGAGGUGGAUGUUUCACUUCCAAAUGUAGAAGGUGAUUUGAAAGGACCUACACUUGACAUAACAGGCCCGAAAUUAGACGUAGAUGUUCCAGAUAUUGACAUUCAUGGCCCAGAAGGCAAAUUAAAAGGUCCCAAACUGAAGAUGCCUGAAAUGCAUGUAAACAUGCCCAAGAUCUCCAUGCCAGAAAUUGACUUGAAUUUGAAGGGAUCAAAGCUGAAGGGAGAUGUUGAUAUCUCUGGGCCAAAACUGGAGGGUGACAUUAAAGCUCCCAAACUGGAUGUGAAAGGCCCAGAAGUAGACAUUUCUGGUCCGAAGCUCAAUAUUGAAGGCAAGUCAAAGAAAUCUCGUUUUAAACUUCCCAAAUUUAAUUUUUCGGGCUCCAAAGUUCAGACACCUGAGGUGGAUAUUAAAGCUAAAAAGCCAGAUAUUGAUGUAACUGGCCCAAAAGUUGAUCUUAAUGCUCCUGAAGUUGAAGUUCAAGGAAAAGUGAAAGGAUCUAAGUUUAAAAUGCCUUUCCUGAGUAUUUCAUCUCCCAAAGUGUCUAUGCCUGAUGUGGAGUUAAAUUUGAAAGGUCCUAAAGUCAAAGGAGAUUUAGAUGUUGCAGGUCCAACUUUAGAAGGAGAAUUUAAAGGUCCCAAAGUGGAUAUUCAGGCACCAGAUGUCCACCUUAAUGCACCUGAAGUAGAUGUUCAUGGUCCAGAUUUGAAUGUGAAAAUGCCCAAGAUGAAAAUGCCCAAAUUUGGUGUUCCUGGCUUAAAAGCAGAAGGUCCAGAAAUGGCUGUGGAUCUACCAAAAGGAGACAUCAACAUAGAAGGUCCCACUCUGAAUGUUGAGGGCCCAGAACUCAAUGUGGAAGGUCCAGAAGGAAGCAUAAAAGGUCCCAAAUUCAAGAUGCCUGACAUGAACAUAAAAGCUCCUAAGAUCUCCAUGCCUGACAUUGACUUAAAUCUGAAGGGUCCCAAGGUGAAAGGUGAUAUGGAUAUUUCUCCACCCAAACUUGAAGGGGAUCUGAAAGGGCCAGAGGUUGAUAUCAAAGGCCCUAAAGUGGACAUCAGUGCCCCAGAAGUGGAUGUUCAUGGUCCAGACUGGAACCUGAAGAUGCCCAAGAUGAAAAUGCCCAAGUUUAGCAUGCCCGGCUUCAAAGGAGAGGGUCCUGAAGUGGAUGUGAACCUGCCUAAGGCUGACAUUGACAUUUCUGGCCCCAGUGUAGACAUUGAUGUCCCUGAUGUCAACAUUGAAGGUCCAGAUGCAAAACUGAAGGGUCCCAAAUUCAAGAUGCCUGAGAUGAACAUCAAGGCCCCUAAGAUCUCCAUGCCUGACUUUGAUCUAAACCUGAAGGGCCCCAAAAUGAAGGGUGAUGUGGAUGUUUCUCUGCCAAAAGUGGAAGGUGAUGUAAAGGGUCCCGAGGUGAACAUUAAGGGCCCCAAAGUGGACAUUGACACUCCUGAUAUUAAUAUAGAAGGCCCAGAGGGUAAAUUGAAGGGACCCAAAUUUAAGAUGCCAGAAAUGCAUUUAAAGGCUCCCAAAAUAUCUAUGCCUGACAUUGACUUGAACAUGAAGGGCCCCAAGAUGAAGGGUGAUGUGGAUGCUUCUCUCCCCAAGAUUGAA